CCCCCGCCGGGCACUUUCCUUCACUCCCCCGUCCAGUCAGCCUAGCCGCCGCGCACCACCAUGGCCAUCCUAAGGACUUCCCUCCGCGUCCUCCUCGGUAUUGCCUUGAGUUUAGCUCUGCUGGCACUACUGGUCCCAGCCCCGGCGGCAGCACAGCCCGCCCACCACAAGGGUAAGGGCAAGGGGACCACGGUUGCGGGCCGCAAGGCGUCAGCCAAAGGACAAGCAAGGCACGCUACAGCGCCGCAUCCAAAGGCCCCUGCCUCCCCUGCAGAUGCAGGAGCUAUCGGGGUAACGACAAAUGCCGCAGAAGCCUCGGCAGAACCGACAGCGCCUGCUGCACAAGCAGAUGCAACUCAAGCUUCCGUAGCUGAGUCCCUGGCGGCUGAAGCUACUGCACCAGCAGCUGGGAGUGGGGCGGGAGUCAGUGUGGAAGGAGGCGAUCCCAGAGGAGAUGCUAGUCUUUCGCCAGCAGAUGCCUCACCUAGCCCGGCCUAGACCGAACUAAAAGACACCUCCAUGUAGAACAACUGAGUUAAAAUGUGAAAUGGACAUAUUUUUUUAAAGACAGCAAAACAAAAUUAUGAGUAAGAAAUCAAUCCACAAGCAAUUUUUUUUUCAGUAAACUGGUAGAAAUUGA